GAGCGUACGCCUCGGAGGUGGCGAAAGUAUUGUGAAUGGAAACUUUCGCUACUUCCUUUUACCAUUGUUGGCUGCCAGCUGCGUUGUAAUUGGGAAGUAUAUGCUAUUUUUUUUUUAUUUUGGUUGCAAUAAAAUACCCAGUAACCAGUAACUGUUUACAUAAUCUAUAAGAACAAACCUAGAAAAUAACAAAACCGUCAUAUUCUCCAAAAAUAAAAAUUUUUCCUGUGGAGCUUUUGGGAGAAACAACUUGUUGUUGCUGUCACUUGUGCUUUAUUUUCGUUUUUUGUUUAGUGCUCAGUUUUUGAGAAACUCUUCAAAGUGGCGUUUGAUAUUUCCGACAUGUUGAGAUUUUUGAUAACAUUUGGAGCUGGCAUAUAUACUGGAAUUUAUAUAAGUCAAAAUUAUGAGGUUCCUCGUGUAGAUGAACCCGGCAAGCUGGUCGAUAAAAUAAAAGAAUUUGCGGACGAACAUAGAAAAAACAUAACAAUGAAGUGAGCAACAUUACAACAUCAAGCAAACCAUAACAAACAUCACUUGUUAUCGUCCAUUAUAAUUCGUGAAUAUCCAAGCAGCAAAGGUAUCAUGCUAUUGUAAAACACCAAAUAAUAGAAUCAAAUGGAUGAUAAUAUUUAGAGAUUUCAAAGGUUUACAAUUAGCCAAUAUUUUCAAAUUUAGAAAGAAGUCAAUUUUAUAAAACCGUACAAUAUGUUUAAAUUUCUAUUGAAAAUAAAUGUAAAUCCCUAUUUACUUCUCUGAACAUACAUAUGUAAAUAUUUGUUGGAUGGUUGUACUAUCCUACUACUAUCUACUCAUAUUCCGUGUUAGGAACAAUUCAAUCAAUUAAAUUGAAGAAUCCAUGUGUCGAUUUUCAAACGACAGUUUAAGAACUUAGUUUUUAUAUAAAGAAAAUUCCUAUUUAGAAUUGCUUUGUGUAUCAUACUUGGUUAUAUUGUCAAACCACUCUUUUCAAUGCUAUAUUAGAUUCAAUGAUAAAAAAUAAAACUAUAUUAUAUGUCGUUUUUAA